AUGUCCGACAAAUUUGAUGUUCUCAUCCUAGGAGGCGGACUUGGCGGCCUGAGCGCCGCUCUCAGUCUUGUGCGAACCCUACACACGGCGGUGGUGUUCGAUUCGCAUACCUACCGUAAUCGCAAGGCGAACUGGCUCCACACAAUUCCAGGUUUUGAUGGCAAGGAUCCGGAAGAUUAUCGUGCCGCCGCUCGACAAAACAUCCUUGCCAAGUACAGCACAUGCCAAUUCGCCAACGGCGUGAAGAUUGACCAUGUUGCUCGCAAUGAGGAUUCCGAGUAUGCUUUCACAGCCACGGAUGCCGACGGCCGUCUUUGGCAUGGCAAGAAGCUGAUUCUGGCAAUGGGGAUCCAAGAUGUUCCCAUGGACAUUCCGGGCUACGACGACUGCUGGACCAAGAGCAUCUUCCACUGCCUCGUUCACCGCGGUUACGAAGAGCGUGGAUGUGGCUCUGCAGGCGUGCUCGCUGCCGGUGGCGAUGACAACCUCAAAGCCGCCCGCCACCUCUCGCUGCAGUGUCGUCGCUACACCGAUGGACCCGUCACCGUCUACACGCAUGGAAAUGACGCGCUCGCAGCAGAGUGUGCGAGGGAGCUAGGUCCACUCGGCUUCCACAUUGAGUCGCGAAGUGUCGCAAGCUUCCGCCGACUCGGUCAACAGUCGCAGCUUGCCAUUACCCUCGAAGACGGCACAGUGAAGGAGGAAGGGUUCCUCAUCCACCGUCCACUCCCAUCCAACAACGGCCGCUUCGCCGCACAGCUGGGGGUUGAGACCAAUGAGCAAGGAUUUUACAACACCCGUCCACCAUUCUUCGAGACUACUGUUCCGGGUUGCUUCGCGGCCGGGGAUUGUGCUGAUCCCUUCAAGAUUGGUACUUUUGCAAUCGCUAUGGGUGCUUUCGUCGCCGGUGGCGUGCAAAUGCAAUUGGAUGCUGGGACGGCCGAGACCGCAGGACCUGCUUAUCAGAAGGUCAAGCCAAGUGAGGAGGAGCUGGUCGAGGAGAAGCACGACAGUGGGGCAGAAGACGUAGUCGCCAAAGCGUAG